UUUUCGCCAUGCUUGCAUUUCAUCGGUUUUUAAGAUUCACAGUAUGGCUGCGAAGCCGUGGAUUUCGUAUUAUUGCGUCACAACAACACACGGUCAACAACACACGGUAACCCUAACCACUAACCUAGUACUUUAGUACAUAUUUAGACUGAUGUACGAGCAGCAUAGAAAUCAUCAGGCACUACGGUUGUAAAGAGAUUGUUUUGGACAGGGCUGUUGGAAUUACCGAGUCAAAGCAUAGGAAUCUAUAACAUGGUCAGCGAACCACUGACCUGUUGGUCACAUAGUCAUUCACCGUGUUUUUCAGUAACCCAUCAAGUCACGAAUUAAUGCAAAAGAACAUACUAACAAUGGUGGUUGAAAAAAGACUAAUCUUGACUUGACGCACGCGGGUGGAAUAGCGCCAGUAUAACUUUGUGAUAUAUAUAUAAUCUUGUAUAUGGUUGCAAAAUGAAACUUAACUUUAUUUAAAGUAUUAAAUAGCGGUGACUCAGUGGUCCGUUUACCCCAGGUUGUGGUUAUUCUGAUCAUUGAUUUCCUCAAUUUUGUACAAAAUUCAAAGACCUCAAAACUUGAUUACCGUGGAAUACAAUGCUAUCUGUAUUCUUAAAGGAAACAAUGACGAAAACCUUUAGAUCAAUCGCGUUCACACAGAGUCUAGCUCCAUGAAAGAUAAACUUUGAGCCUUAUGAAGAGAAGAAGCUGCUGAUAUGAAACUUAGCUCCAGCGUCUUAUCUCGAGGAAUCAACUUUGCUUUGAAAUAGUCUGCAUUUUUAUCAUUGUUAGCUUAUCGCUAACCAUAGAUAUUGUAGAUGAGGUUUUAUCCAGUCGUAUAUUUAUAAAUUGGUUAAACUCAUUUCACUCAGUGCACUGAAGAAAUACUUCCAGAUACAUACCAGAUACCAUUAACUAAAAUGGAAAAAGUUGAACCAAGUAAGUUGCACGAAUGCGGCAUCUGUGGUAAAAGUUGUCGAUGUGCUAGAAAUUUAAAAGACCAUCAAAUGACACACACCGGAGAACGACCGCAUACAUGUGAAAUUUGUGGCAAGACAUAUACUCAAAAUGGUCACUUAAAAAACCAUUUACGAUUGCACUUUCCCGAUAAUCCACAAAAUCGACAAAAAUGCCAAGUUUGCGGAAAAGUGCUCGGCGAUGUGAAGAGUAAGACAAUUCACAUGAGACAGCAUACAGGGGAAAGACCGUACAAAUGCAAUGAAUGUGGAAAAGGAUUCUGUGACAGCAGUAAUUUGAGAAAACCUAUGAAUCGACAUACAAAGAAAUUUGUCUCUGAAAUGUGUGGACGGUCCUUCGGAUGCAAGCCUCACCUUUAUAGUCAUAUGCUCACUCAUACAAAAGAAAAAAGAUAUGAGUGCACCGUUUGCAAUAAGUUAUUUGCACGCAAAGGGAAUUUAAAGUUGCACAUGAGAAGACAUACUAAUGAAUAUCAAUUCAAAUCUGAGAUAUGUGGCGUCAUCAAGGUGCAACAAUGCGAACUGAAUUUAAAUAUGCGUACACACACAGGUGAAAAACCGUUUACCUGCAAAUUAUGUGGAGGUACAUUUAGUCAACAACAUAGUCUGAAUACUCAUUUGCACACAAUACACUCAAACAAAAAGCCGUAUGCAUGUAAGAUAUGUGGAAAUAGAUUUGCCGUAGAAGCAUAUGUCAAACGCCACAUAAAACGGGCGCAUUCGAAAUGCAAAACUAUUUUAAAUACAGACAAAGUUGGGCAGGAACAAACUGACCACGUGUAUUCGGAAGGCACCGUUAUUCCCUAUGAGUUUGAUCAAAACGAAAGGCGCCGCAGUAUAAAUCACAAGGACCUCAACCCUCAGGUAAUUGAAAUAAAAGAAGUGUUGCACUCGGGAUUUGAUUAUGAAUAACUUGAUUAUAUACACAAAGUGUUGGUACGUGCUCGCACCGUUGAUUCAGAUAUGUCAUAAUUUCGGUAGGCGAAAGAGAUCCUAUCUCAUACUUUUCGAUACAUAACUGAGAUAUUUGAAACAAAGUGCUCGUCCUCUGUUGAUAGUCGGUCUCCACCACGAAUCCUACUUAUUGAUUAUUCAACAGCAAGUUAUUACAAACCCAAAACGGACAGUGCAAUCGUGAAAAUUAGUUACUUAUCUUGUAAGGUUCGCAAAUGUUUUUUAGACUCGUCAGUGUAAAUAACGAUCGUUUCAAUAUCAUGUUGUUGUUCUUGUUGGACACGUAGUUGAUAUAACGAUCGUUUUGUUGUUGUGUUGUUCUUUGUAUCGUUUUGAAGAAAUCG